UUCUGGAUUUAAGAAAACAAAUCAAACAUCUUAAAUAAAGAAGUCCAAAAAACACCUAAGUUUCGCAGGCAAGUACAAAUAAAGAAAACCACAACCACAGCCAACACCAAUCACAGGGGCGCUCCUUGUGGGCCUUCAGAAGACUGACAGAAACGACACUUUUUAACCUGUUUUCAUGUUCGUCCAAGAUCUUGAAAGAGAGGGAGAGAUAGAGACAGAGAGAGCAGACGGAGGGGAGAGAGAGAAAGACUGCAUCAAGACGCUCCCUUGAUUUCUCAAGUUCCUAAGACACAUGGAAAGUAAGAACACUUACCAGAUUCAGCAUCUAGCUUCGAUGAUGGACCCAACAGCAACCCUUCUGUAUUUGGAUUACUAUGAAGAUUCAAGCACAGAUCAUCCUAUCAUGAAGACUCUCUCCCACACUUCCUACACAUCUGUCUUUCUCCCUAUCUUUUACACAGCUGUGUUCCUGACUGGAGUAUUGGGGAAUUUCAUCCUCAUGGUUGCACUGCAUUUCAAACAUGGCAACCGAAGAUUGAUCGACAUCUUCAUCAUCAACCUGGCUGCCUCUGACUUCAUUUUCCUUAUCACGCUGCCUCUUUGGGUGGAUAAGGAAGCCUCUCUGGGACUGUGGAGGACUGGCUCUUUCCUGUGCAAAGGCAGCUCCUAUGUGAUCUCAGUGAACAUGCACUGCAGUGUCUUCUUGCUCACUUGUAUGAGCAUGGACCGCUACCUGGCCAUCAUGUGCCCAGCCUUAUCCAGAAGAGUGAGAAGGAGAAACUGUGCCUAUGCAGUCUGCACCAGUGUCUGGGUCAUCUCGUGCCUCCUGGGACUGCCCACUCUUCUGUCCAGGGAGCUCACUCACAUGGAUGGCAAACCAUACUGUGCAGAGAAGACACCCACUCCGCUGAAACUGAUGUGGGGUCUGGUAGCCUUAAUUGUCACCUUUUUUGUCCCCCUGCUGAGCAUUUUGACCUGCUACUGUUGCAUCACGAGGAGGCUGUGUGCUCAUUACCAGCAGUCAGGAAAGCAUAACAAAAAGCUGAGGAAGUCCAUAAAGAUCAUCAUUAUUGUGGCAUCAGCCUUCAUCUUCUCCUGGUUGCCCUUUAAUACGUUCAAGCUCCUGGCCAUUGUCUCAAGGUUGCAGCCAGAAUACCAGUUUUCCGUGGAGUCUUUCCAGCUGGCCAUGGAGGUAUGUGGGCCCUUGGCCUUUGCCAACAGCUGUGUCAACCCUGUGAUUUACUAUGUCUUUGACAGCUACAUCCGCCGGGCCAUUGUACAUCGUCUGUGCCCUUGUCUGAAGAACUAUGACUUGGGGAGCAGCACUGAGACAUCAGACAGUCACCUCACUAAGGCUCUUUCCAACUUCAUCCAUGCAGAGGAUUUUGUCAGGCGAAGGAAGAGGUCUGUAUCGCUCUAAAGGGAGCUGUGACAUUUCAAGCGCUGUUGGCACUCUUAGGACGUUGGGUUUUGUCAGCAAUGGAGAAAGAGAAAAGCAUUAAAGAUGAAAUUCACAUUGUUUCAUAAAGCCAAGAAAGUGUUGAUUUUUUUUUUAAAGUUCCCCGGAAGAGCUCCUGUGUUGUGGAUAUAAUUAGGCCAUAUGCUGCAUUUUCAGCUAACUGGUCUUACUUGACAAUCAAGCCAGCCAGGCAAAAUACAAGCUCCAUUGUCCUUGAACUCAUGGGCUGAUUUCCUCAUGUGUAUCAGUGAACCUUCAGGCCUUUCAGGACCAUCCACCCCACUGUUCCCACUGGGCUGUGUUUUGAAGAGACACUUUCAUCUGGUAAGCAACAUAUCGGGCUGCAGAAUAACAAAAGUACACUUGCACUCUGUAGCUCACAGUCCCUGAGUGACUGAGAUGGAUUCUGGUCCCAUUUCAUAGUCUGUCUGGUGAGUCUUCAUCUCCUUCCAGCACUGGCUUUCAUCCCAGGCCAUUCUUGACAGCUUUGGUCUGGCAGGAAAAGUUCAUGAAGAUAAAGCCACUUUGUAUUGUGUUUAUGAACCAGGACUCACCUCAUCACCUGAUCUAAAGUAUGUUAACAAGGAAGCAUGGUGCAAAGUUUGACCUUUGCCUUAUAAGAA